CGGGGCGCUCCCGGCAGGCGGGCGAGCCGAGCGCCGAGAUGAGCCUGGCCGAGGGCCGCGCCCCGCGGCGGACGGCGGGGAAUCGCCUCUCGGGGCUGCUGCAGGCCGAGGAGGAGGACGAGUUCUACCAGACCACCUACGGCGGCUUCAACGAGGAGUCGGGCGAUGACGAGUACCGCGGCGAGCACUCGGACAGCGAUGACGAGGUGGACUCGGACUUCGACAUCGACGAGGGCGACGAGCCGGGCUCGGAGCAGGACGAGGCCGAGCCCCGGCGGCGCCGCCGCGUGCUCACCAAGGCCUACCGGGAGCCGCUCAAGAGCCUGCGGGCCAAGAAGGCCGAGGGGCCGCGGGGCGGCGCCCAGAGGAGCAGGGAGGUGAAAUCCGUGCCCCUGGAGCUGCAGGAGGAUGUGGGAGACAGCAGGAAGCACAUGCGGCAGUCCACCACGGAGCACACCCGGCAGACGUUCCUGCGGCUCCAGGAGCGCCAGGUGCAGUCCAAGAGGAAAAAGGGAGGGACCAGCUACGAGCGGCCCCUGACCCAGGAGGAGCUGCUGGAGGAGGCCAAGAUCACCGAGGAGAUCAACCUGCGCUCCCUGGAGAACUACGAGCGGCUGGAGGCGGACAAGAAGAAGCAGGUGCAGAAGAAGAGGAAGAUCGUGGGCCCCGUGAUCCGGUACUGGUCCCUGACCAUGCCGCUCCUGCCCGAGCCCGGCCGCGAUGACCCCGUGGACGUCGAGGGGCUGGACCCCGAGGCGCAGCCGCCGUCUCCGGGGAAGUGCUCGCGCACCUUCAUCUCCUUCAGCGACGACGCCACCUUCGAGCGCUGCUUCCCGCGGGCGCGGGCGCCGCGGCUGCCGGUGCGGGAGCUGUGCCCCGUCACGCACAAGCCCGCCCUGUACCGCGACCCCAUCACCGACAUCCCCUACUCCAACGCCCGCGCCUUCCGCAUCAUCCGCGAGGCCUACCGCAAGUACGUGACGGCCCACGGGCUGCCCAGCGCCGCCGCCGCCGCCGCCGCCGCCGCCGGAGGGGCCGGGGACAGCCCCGGGGCACGGCCCGGCCGGCAGAAAAUCGUCAUCAAGCAGAGCGUCCCCAGUGCCUGAGGGCUGGGAUUUGGGGUGUUGGGAUAUUGGGAUUGACAGCUUCCAUGGUUUUGUUGAGGGGCUCCCUUCCAAAGUGUUGGCAGUGCCUGAAAUCCCAGGAUUUUGGGAUGCUGGGCUGUUGGGAUUUGGGAUUUAGGGAUAUGGGGUCACCCAUGGGAGGGAUGUGUUUUUGGGGGUCACUGUUCACCAGGGGUGUUGGAGGAGGGAAUAAAGUUGACGUGGGGCUUGGUUUGUGUGGGGUGAGGGGAGCCCCUUUUUCCAGGAGAUCCUGCAACAAAUAAAGAGGUUUGCAGAA